CCUAUGAUUCGCAGGCACGAGUAUGUAAACAAACAUGGCGACUACUAGUCCACGCGUGGAAGACUUGAUAAAUUAUUUUAAAUCGCACAACAAAAUUAGAGAACAACAAAGUCAUUCUGCUAAAGUUCACAGUGUUGGAUGGAGUUGCGAUGGAAAAUUAUUGGCUUCAGGUUCUUUUGACAAAUCCGUUUGUAUAUUUUCUCUUGGACCAGACCGACUAAAACAAGAAAUAACUUUUAGAGGACACGGAGGUAGCGUAGAUCAAUUAUGUUGGCACGCAUUUUGUCCAGAAUUAUUAUCGACUGCGAGUGGAGAUAAAACCGUUCGUAUUUGGGAUACACGAACACAAAAAUGUACUGCUAAUAUUAGUACCAGAGGAGAAAAUAUUAAUAUAUCGUGGUCACCGGAUGGUAAUACCAUAGCCGUUGGUAAUAAGGAGGAUCUUGUAACAUUCAUUGAUGCCAGAGUUAUGAAAAUACGUGCCGAAGAACAAUUUAAUUUUGAAGUGAAUGAGAUCUCAUGGAAUAAGGAUUCUGACACAUUUUAUUUAACCAAUGGACAAGGCUGUGUACAUAUUCUUAGCUAUCCGGAAUUAGAAUUAUUACAUGUGAUAAAAGCACAUCCAGGAACUUGUAUAUGCAUAGAAUUUGAUCCAACUGGACGUUAUUUUGCAACUGGCUCUGCGGAUGCAUUAGUGUCUUUAUGGGAUGCAGAUGAAUUGUGUUGCUUAAGAACAUUUUCGAGAUUAGAAUGGCCAGUAAGGACAAUAUCCUUUUCCUAUGAUGGACAAUUAUUAGCAGCAGCAUCAGAGGAUUUAGUUAUAGAUAUAGGUGAGGUAGAAACGGGAGAGAAGAUAGCUGAUAUUCCAGUUGAAGCUGCAACAUUUACUGUUGCCUGGCAUCCAAAACAAUAUUUACUUGCUUAUGCCUGUGACGAUAAGGAUACAUACGAUAGAAAAAGAGAUGCUGGUAGUUUAAAAGUAUUUGGAUUUGCUAAUGACUGAACCACAUUUGAAUGGUUUUAUAAUUUUAUGAUAAAAAUAUUUUUAUCUAUUACUUUUUUUUGUCUAUCUGUUAAUUAAUAUUAUUUUACUUAGACGGAUAGUAAGUAAGAUAAUAGUAAUUAUACAAGGGAACUGAACAAAAUAACUAAAUAAUUAUAUUGAUUUAUAUAUAAUAUUUUUAUUAAUUUCCAUAAUGAGUUUUUAAAAGCAAUUCAGCUGCUUUAUCGAUAAUAUCUGGAUGACAAAAUGUAUUGACAAUGUCUUUUGAUAAUUGAGAGAAUAGUUCUGUCUUAUUUACAGAAAUCACAGAUGUAGGUACAUUUGUCUGAGAUAGUUCAUCAAUACUAGUUAAAAAUCUUUCUCUUUUAUAUUUUAAUAAAUCUUGUAAUUCUGACUCCUCCAAGUUAUGUAGUAAUUUCACAAAAUUAGGAUACUUUACAGAUAAAUCUUCAACAGUCCAUACUAAGUGUUUUAUUUUCUUUGUAUCCGAUAACUUUUCAGUAUCAAUAUGUUUACAUUCUAAGAGAGUGUUUUCCAACUAAUAAUAAAAAAAAAUUGUUAAUACAAACACUUUGAAAGUUUUUAAUUAUAAUAUAAUUAUGCAUUAGGCCAAAAACUUACUAUUUUCAUAUUUUGAGAAAGAGAACAAUGUAUUUCCUCAGGAUUGUCACAUACUUUUUUACCAAUUCUGUUAACAAUUAAUUUAACAAGCGCUUCCUUAAGGCGUGCUUUAUUGUCUGUCUGUAGAGGUAACCAUAUAUUGACACUUACAGUCAAGUCCAAGGAUUCUACAUAGUGCCACCAACCUUUUGGAACAAAUAAAACGUCUCCUUUUUCAAGUAUAAUAAAUUUUACUUGUCCUGAAAGCUUUAAUAUUGCUUCUUCUUCCUCAUCUGUUGGACAAAAAAAAUUAAAUUUGCUGUAUAUCGUUGAUUCUUCGUAAGGAACUCUUGUAGGACGAAGUUUAUCGGUUGAAUUUGGUGGAAACAAUAUCCAUUGCUUUCUGUAAUUUUUAAUCAGAAAAAAGACUACAUAAGGAUAGUUAGAUAUGUAAUAUAUAUUAAAGACGUAUAUAUAUAUAUAUCAACCUGCCAUGAAUUUGAGCUACUAAAUUACAUCCAUAAGAAUCAAAAUGACAAUUUGUAUGUGCGCCUUUAUUUCCAAUCCAAAGAGUAGAAUCAUGACCAUCUUUUUCAAUGCCAAAUCUAUGCCAAUUUAAGGAAUUAAGUAAAUCAGGCUUAUCCUGUAUCCAUUCAUGCAUAUACUUGUAAUCAAAGUAAUACCAUUUACUGUUAUCAAUAGAAGAAUUUGAUUCUUCUACAAAUUCUGCAAAUGUCAUUGUUUUAGUAUGACAUUGCUUUUCCCAUUGUGGAUACUAUAAUAGAUAAUAAAAAAUAUAAAUUUUAUUUUUCUCUAAUAAAUUUAUUAAUUUAUAAAUACGAAUUUCUUUUAAAUGAUUAACAAUGAAAGAUACCAUGGAUCUUGAAUUAUAUCCAACUCGAAAUUGUAAUUUCAUAUCUCCGAAUUUUUCUAUAAGAUCCGAUAAAUUCCAUUGUAAUAAUUGCCAUAUAAACGAACCAUUCCCAUCUUGCAAAAUAUUAUGAAACACUAUUGGUUCUUGCAAAUCAAAUAUAGCUUCCUUCAAAGUUUCUUCAUUUGGCACAUUAGUCUCUUCCAUUGUAUAUAAUAUUUGUUAUAUAUCACAUAUCUCAUUUAAACAAAAGACAUCUGUACGAAUAACUUCAAUAUAAUAAAUGUUAUUUAUGAUAUAAUACAUAUCGUAUCAUUUAAUUAAUAUCUAAUUAAAUAUCUAGUUAAACGGCAUUUUAUUAAUCCAAUAUUAGGUUAUAGAAUUUUAUAAUUUAGUUUCUCCGCGCCACUAGAUGUCAUCUUGAUAUGAAAAUUUCAUAUCAAGUUCUGACAACAGAGGGAAAUACUAUCGAUUUAAAUGUAACCUAAAGUUUGUAUAAUAAUUGUAUAUUCUAAUCUUAUUAAUGAUAUCCUUACUUUUCUUCCUGGAUUUUUCUUGCUGAAAACAAAAAGAAAAAUGUUAAAAUCGAAUUUUUGUGCGAACCAUUUAAAGAUGUUGAUUAGACCAUUUUUAAGCAGGACCACAUUAUUACAGAAUAAUGGCACAGAUUUUGUUUAUCAGCAAACACGGAAUGGUUUUAUAUUGAAAAGAAAAUUUAAACCACCACUUCUUAAAAAGUCUGAAAAAUACAGAAUACUUAGGCCUAAAUAUUUUGUCUACCAUUUUGUAGAACAUACUGAAAGUCAGAAACAGAAACCAAUCAAAUUGAUAUUAACAUCUGAUGUACAUAAGAUUGGUGCAAAGGGAGAAGUUGUUUUGGUGUCUCCUGAAAAAGCUUAUAAUAAUGUCAUUCUACCUAAAUUAGGAGUAUAUGCAACUCAA